UAUAUUGUCUUUAUUAAUACAGGGAAUACUAUGUAUUACUAAGGUUGAAAUAUACUAUUCGCCAUACAAUCAGAAAGCCAUUGAAUUUAUAGCCAAACAACAUAGGGAUAGUCGGACCGGUAUUUAUGAUCUAAUGAUACCGCAAUCGGAUGGGUCGACAGUGGAACUGGAAGUCGAUUAUAUACCGUGGGGUGUAUCCACUAGAGAUGAUACCACUAUUCCAUCAGUCUAUAACUGUGGUAAUAGUGAUCCAAAUUGUUUUGCACAUAAACUACAUGCCUGUUUGGUCCGACAUCAUGAUGCUAGCCUACAAAAUCAUCAUGAAUUCCUUAUGAUAUUGUGUACUACCAAACACCCUGACUGGUUGACCAAUCCUACCCGUGCUAUUACAAUGUGUGCCCUACAAGUCAACGAUAUACCCGAUGAUGGCCAACAAUUUGUUAUCUGUGCCAAAGAUAACGUAAGGAGUGGUCAAUAUUUAGAUGAAAUGCGAGUUAAAACAUUGGCGUUGAAUCCACCGUUAAUAGAGACGAACAUUCCUGUUGUCUAUAUCGAUGGCGAACGUAAUACCGAAGCAGUAGUAGACUUAAAGAAAGUUGUUUGCAACAAAUUGGGUCCGGACGUACCCAUAGCUUGUAGUAAAGUGAUAGUUGAAGUCUAUUAUUCACCGUAUAAUCCGAAAGCCAUUGAUUUUGUGUCCGACCAAAGCAAAGACAGUCCGACCGGUAUUUACGAUCUGAUGAUAACCGGCGCUAACGGGUCUGGACCGGAACUUGAAGUCGAUUAUAUACCGUGGGGUGUGUCUACUACCAAUGGUGCCAGUCCUCCAAUCUAUAAUUGCGGUAUCGAUGAUCCUAAUUGUUUGGCACAUAAACUACAUGCUUGUCUAGUCGGACAUCAUAAUACAAUCGUUGAAAAUCGUCACAUUUUUCUAAUGGUAUUGUGUACAACCAAACACCCGUAUUGGUUGACCAAUCCUAACCGUGCUGUUAUACAGUGUGCCGCACAAAUCAAUGACCACCUGCCCGAUGAUGGGGUCGGUGUUAUUGUUUGUGCUAAGGAUGUCCUACAUAGUGCCCAAUAUUUAGAUGAAAUGCGAGUUAAAACAUUGGCAUUAGACCCAAGGAUAACAUAUGAGGACAUUCCUGUUGUUGUUGUCAAUGGCAUACGUUAUACGGAAGCUGUAUAUAAUUUGCGUGAAAUUGUUUGCAAAGAAUUUGGUAUUAAUAGACCAUCUGUUUGUUACCGAAAACCAAUUUUAAGUACCACUCCCUAUACACCAACACCUCCUGUCGACACCAGUAGUACACCCUUUCCGUCACCCAAUACUACCGGUGUUUCAGUUGGCGUCUAUUAUUCGCCAAAUAAUCGGAAAUCAAUUGAAUUUAUUUCAUCCUUAAAUAACGGAUUGGAUUAUCAAAAUACUAUCUAUGAUUUAGUAGUAAACACUACUAACAAUAGUAGACUAACGGUUCAGUUUAUACCCUGGGGUUUGAAUAACAUAUCCAAUGAUUACAACUACCAGUGCCUUAAUGAAUACAAUAGUAGUAUUAAUUGUUUGGCCACAAGAUUACAGGCCUGUAUUGUCAACCAAACUUACAUAUCCAGUGAUGUAAUAUUUAAUAUGAUUUGGUGUACAACUAGUCAUAAGGAUUGGUCUAAAUAUCCAAUAAGUGCUGCCAUUGAUUGCGUACACAAUCCUACUAUCGGAUGGCCAGUCAAUGGUUGGCAACUGAUCCGAUGCGCUGAGGAACGGGAUAUAAGUAAUCCAUUGUUGGAUCAGAUGAAACAAUUGACCGAUAAUUUGUCACCUAAAUUGAUUAAUGUUCCGUACAUAACAAUCAAUAAUCAAUAUGAUUCGGGUGCUGAAUAUAAUCUACGUAAAACUGUUUGCAAUGCAUUUGGGAAUGAUAAACCGUCCAAUUGUUAUAAUUUUGAUAAUAACUGUUCAAAUGCUGAUCUAAUGGUUAGAUUGUUUGGCAAAAUUGAAGUUUGCAAAAAUAUCUAUUAAUUUUUAAAAUUUUAACUUUAAUUAUAAUAAAAU